AUGUCCGUCCUCUUCUUCUCUCGCCCCAUCGCUCGCCCCGCGGCUGCCCGGCCGUCCCCGCGCACCCGCCUGCGCGCCUUCCUCUGGUGCCGCGAGUUCCUGGCCGGGGCCUGGCGCCGCCUGGCCGCCCCCGAGCAGCUGGGCAUCGUCCCCGUCAGCGGAGGGCUGAGCAACCUGCUCUACAAGUGCUCCCUGCCGGACCAGGUCGUGACCACCGAGGACGAGCCGCGCCAGGUGCUGCUGCGGGUGUACGGAAUCAUCCUUCAGGGGGUCGACUCACUGGUUCUUGAGAGCGUCAUGUUUGCCAUCCUGGCGGAGCGGGCCCUGGGACCACGGCUGUAUGGCAUCUUCCCGCAGGGACGCCUGGAGGAAUACAUCCCUAGCCGCCGGCUGCUCACGGAGGACCUGCCACAGCCCAGCAUCUCGGCGGAGAUCGCGGUGAAGAUGGCCCGCUUCCACGGCAUGGUGAUGCCCUUCAACAAAGAGCCCAAGUGGAUGUUUGGGACCAUGGAGAGGUACCUGAAGCAGAUCUCCGAGCUCACCUUUUCCCAGGAGGCCCAGCGGCACAAGCUGAACCAGCUCAAGGCCUACAACCUGGAGGCCGAAAUGCGCAGCCUCAGGACGCUGCUGGAGGCCACGCCGUCCCCCGUGGUUUUCUGCCACAACGACGUGCAAGAAGGGAACAUCCUCCUCCUGGCUGGCCGCGAGGCCUCCUCCACGGACCGGCUGAUGCUGAUCGACUUUGAGUACAGCAGCUACAACUACCGGGGCUUUGACAUCGCCAAUCACUUCUGCGAGUGGGUCUACAGCUACGCCCACAACGAGUGGCCGUUCUACAAAGCCAGCCCGGAGAACUACCCCAGCCCCGAGCAGCAGCUGCACUUCAUCCGGUGUUACCUGGAGGAGACAGGGGGGAAGGCUGCCCCACCCUCGCCGGAGGAGCAGGAGCGCCUGGAGGCCAAGAUGCUUCUGGAGAUCAGCCGGUUCACCUUGGCCUCCCAUUUCUUCUGGGGCCUGUGGUCUAUCCUGCAGGCCAAGAUCUCCACCAUUGAGUUUGGCUACCUGGAAUAUGCCCAGUGCCGCUUUGAGGCUUACUUCCAGCAGAAGGCCAGGGGCGAGUGA